AUGCCGAGCUUCUUCUCGCGGCUCAAGGGCAAAGAUGGCCCGGCCAAGGUGAAAAAAGGCGCGCAGCAGCCAAGUCAGAACGAGGCGCCGCCGAAACCGCGGUGGGAGGAUGCCUGGACGCGCACUUCGGUUGGUCCCGAGGAGGUGCAGGAGUUGCUGAGAGGAUGCACAUCAGAGCUGAAGUCCAGAGCUUUGGAUAUUCCAUUCCUACUUCUACCGUUCCGACCCACUUCCGAUCCAAGUGCUGCGCGGUCGUUCAUUAGGAAUUUUUUCGAUCGGAGAGAGCCUCUGCGUGGAGAAGUCUUGGCACAGGAGCUGCGGUUGACGGAGCCUAUGGUUUUAUGCAGCGUGGUGAAAUGGUGCUGGAGCAGAAUACCAGGAGGAGUUGUGGGAUGGGAUGCGUAUAAACUGUUUCAGGUUGGAGAAAAAGGUAUGAAGGAGCAUUCAACUUGGCAAGAGGGCGAUACUAACAAAGGGAAAACUCCAGAUUCUUCUCUGGCUCGAGACUCGUUUGCAACCUUUAUACCCCUCAGCGUGGACUCGGAAGCGCGAUCAAAGAUCAUUUUCGAUUUCUUCGACCUUCUCUCGGCGAUUGCUGCGCAUGCAAAGACCAACGGUCUGGGUGGACGCAAGCUAUCGAGAAUGGCUGGAUUGUGGUGCUUCGAAAUUCAUGAUGAAGGCAAUGGAUUCGAAGGGGGUUACAAAAGAUGGAUCGCAGCUGCGGACGCUGCAAGCCAUCUAUUUUUCGCCUACCUCAGAUCACUUACGCCGAGUACCUUAAAGGGGAUGGGUGGCAUAUCAAUCCUUCCCAUGUCCCUGCAAAAGUUGGUACAGGAGACGGAGUACCCACCCGAGCGACCUGCUCUGCUACAAACGAGGACGACAAAAGUGGUUAUGAUCGUGGAUGCAGUAUCCCCCACUCCAUUCGCCUUGUUGCGCAGAGCAAACCACUUUCAGUACCGAGACGACGAUAGAGCACUCCAAGAAUAUGCGGAAUACGAAGAUCCAGUCAAAGCGCUCACGGAAGAAUGCCGCCGUGUGUUGCGAUCAAUUUCCUCGGCAAACCAGUCCCAAGUUUCAAAUUCCAAGGAGUCAACUGGUCUAACAGACGCCUCGUGGUCUCGAUUCGAAGACAUAGGGUUCUCUGGUGGCUUCGACGAAGAGGACGAGGAUGAGGAGAGCAAUUUUGCCAAGAAGCGACCUCAACCUGGUCUCAGAACCAAGGCUGCUUCAAAGAAUGUGGGAGGGGGAAGACCUACGACCCCAUCUUGGGCGGAGUUUCUUUCCUCUGGAUUUGUGGACGAGGCUACCAGCGGUCCAGCACCUCUUCUGCUCCCUCCCGACAAAGUCUUGCCCCCAAUUGACACCAGAGGCCGAAGUUCUCAGUCGCAUAAACCACGUCUGGAGCAAAAUCGCCUCGAGCCGGGAGAGCUUGCUAGCAUCGCACGGUUUGACCUCGACGAUUCCUUCUGGUGGGUCUGGAUUAGCAGCUUGGCAGGUGAAGAGUCGGUUCAGAGGAAGGCGGCUUUCGGAAGAUGUGCUCUCAUCGAGACGACAAUUAAGGGGGGCAGAUGGCUAGUCAUGGAGGAAAUGGUCAAGGGGGCAGCUCCAGAACCCGAAGAGGGCGCGUACAUUGCAGAGAAGAAGAGCUUUUGGGGCCGAUCAAAGAAAAAUAAAACCAUGGCUCGUCGGAAGUCAGUCAGCAAACAGCCACUGGGUGCAGCCCAAAAUCUGGGCGGGAGCCAGUUUGAAGGUGGUAGUAAAUCGAGUAUCGGUCCGGAUCAACAGGCUCGUAUUCAAGCCGCAGCCAUGCAAUUGCAGCAGAAGCAAAGACAAGAGGAGGCAAUGCAAGCCACUAAUCGACGAGGACGCAAUGACCCGGAUACCUACUCGACAAAGACAAGCAGCGUCUUCACCCUCCAGCCUAUAAUUAUGAGCGAGGCUUCUCCUGCAAUGAAGUGGGCCCACAAGUACGACAAAGAUGCCAUCCGGGAAGCGUAUCUCGGCAACAGUAACCACGGCCGAGGACUUGGGGAAGCGGCUAUGCAGAAUAAUGGAGGUGGUAAGAGCCAGGAUACUGUUCGACCAACCCCCCCAAACAGGGAGAACUCUCGGGACAGAGAUUUGCCUUCGUUGCCAUCUCCAGACUCAUCUUUCCCGCCUACUCCACGAAAUGAAGUCCAACCGGAGGAGCACCAACGUCAAUCCGAGCAGGCGGCAAAUGCCCUACUCCCCAGUGCAACCCGAGCCUCGAGUCGUGCCAAAUCUCGCAUGGACCAGCCAACACCGGAGCCCAGAGGAUCGAUGGACCAGGGUGGACCAAGUCCUGAGAACAAGAACAACAAGCUCAAAAAGAAAGAUAAAGAAGGCGGUGGGGGAUUCAGAAUGAUGUUUGGCAGGAACAAGAACCGCGACUCGGUGGUCCCCAAGGGUCCUCCCCAGGUCAUUAACAAUGGUGGUCUCCAACCUGGCCAGCCAUCUCGACGCUUCGCUAGCUUCAGAAAAAAGAAUGUCGUGUCUCCUGUUCAGAAUCUCACGCCUUCCAUGAGCCGACAGUCGACAGAUCAGCGACAGUCGACAGAUCAGCGACAAUCGACAGAUCGGCGCACGUCAAUAGGAUCAUCGCAGCAACGCACUUCAAUGGUAUCGCGAACUCAGAACUAUGAUGGUUCGUACGAGCCUUCUAUCGACAGUAUAUCUCAUGUAGAUACCAACGAGGCGCAUGAGGCAAAUCAAGCAUUCUCCAGCUUCGACCAAGGGCCCCUCGAGGACGUGCCUGCAUUUGUUCCGGAUGAAUCUCCCAGACAAAGCGAGGAUCAACAUGAGAAUGCGAUGCCUCCAAAUAUUCCCCGGUCCCGAACCAACGAUGGAGGAGCAUUGACUCAGCAAGUCACGCCUUCUCAAGACCGGUGGGCUCAGAUCCGUAAGAACGCUGCUGAGAGAUCCGCACUGCGCCAGAACGAAGAGCAGAGCAGAGGCGGAUAUAGUUCAAAGACUGAGGGUGAUGAUGAGACGAGUGGUGAAGAGACUAUCGAGUCCCGAGUCGCUCGCAUCAAAGCCCGAGUCGCCGAAUUGACCGGUAACGUGGAACCAGGCAGCACCCUAACUUCCACCGCCCCGCCCAUCCGCAAACCCUUCAACUAA